CUCGUAAGUGCAAAAAGCACUAACAAACAGACUGGCAGUCUUGCAUGCCUGGUUGUUUGCCUGGCAGUCUGACUGGCCGCUGCCACCAUGCGGCCAAUGACAACAACACAUCGAGUGGUGUAACCUCCAACUGCCAACUCAGUGCUUUGCUGCUUAUUGCAAAUAUUCUUCGUAAGUGUCAUUACAUUGGUUAAUUUUGAAGAAAAUCUUCAACUUUCAACAAAGAUGACUGAACCAGACGCUAAAGAAAAGGCCCGGAUUACUCUCUACACCGAGUUUCACAAACAUGACCAGAAAGGAGAUCAUGAUCGUGCGCUUAAAGUUAUUAACAAAGUUUUGCAAAUGUGUCCGGAUGACACAACCGCAUUCCAAUGCAAAAUCGUCUGCCUUAUCUACUUGAAUCGGUUCGAAGAGGCACUCUCUCACAUCAACAAGAAUCCAAAACAUAGUGCAGACAUGCACUUUGAGAAAGCCUACUCAUUAUACCGCACGAAUCAACCGGAAAACGCGCUCACUGUCAUCAAUUCAGCACCACAAAACCACCGCUGUCAAGAAUUACGCGCACAGAUUCUGUAUCGCUUAGAACGUUAUCAAGAAUCAUUCAAUGCGUACGACGAGAUUAUUCGUAGUGAUCCCAACGAUGACUACGAAGAAGAACGUCAGACCAAUCUGUCUGCAGUUGUGAGUUCAUUAAAUGAUGCUAAAAUGUUGAAAAGUGUUGAGAAUCAACUUCAAGAAGACACUUAUGAGAUGUGCUACAACAAAGCGUUGAUGUAUGCACAGGCAGAGAACUUCCAAGAAGCUGAAAAACUUCUUAAGAAAGCAGAGAAAUUACUCCGGGAGAGUUUUGAAGAAGAUGGCGCAAGUGAGGAGGAAACCGAAGCAGAACUAGCGCACAUUCGUGUUUUGCAAGGGUACUGCUGGCAGAAACAAGGCAGAACUAAAGAAGCGCAUUCUUUAUACUUAUCUGCACUGAAACAAAAAAUCGACGAUAUUUCUUUAUCUGCUGUAGCUAGCAAUAAUGUUGUUGUCAUCAAUAAGGAUCAAAAUGUUUUUGAUUCGAAGAAAAAAAUGAAAGUCGCUACAAAUGAUCAGUUGGUACAUAAAUUACCAUCGGAGCAACGCAAAAAUAUUGCGUUGAACAACGCCAUCUUUAAUUAUUACUCAAAUCAUCAUGAUCAAGUUACAAGUUUGAGUAAUACUGUUGAGAAAACAUGGCCGGAGUUAAAAGUACAAUGUAGACUUCUAAAAGCGUUGAAUUUGUAUAAAGCUCCGACGAAACAAGAUCCGAUUCAGUUGUUGCUCAAAGCCGCUCAGGAAGCCUCUAAUGAAGCGGAGAAUUUUAUUCUCAAGAUGACUUGUGUGCAGCUUUUGCUACAAAAUGGCGAUAAGAAGAAAGCUUGUGAAGUUUUGGAAGAUAUCGGUGAUUACAGAUACAAACCUGGUAUUGUUGGUGCGUUGAUAACGCUGUAUCUUAAUCAGGGUAAAGAAGAUGUUGCGCUUAAAGUGUAUGAAGAGGCGAUUGAAUGGUACAAGAAAAACGAGCGCAGCGGGCUUAAUUUGACGAGUUUGUUUAAACAAGCGGCUGAUUUUCAUAUUAGAAAUGGACGCCCACAGGUGGCUGCGAAGAGUUUGGAGCAAUUAUUAGCGAAAGAGAAGAAUGAUACGAAAACUAUCUCGCAGUUGAUUAUUGCUUAUUCGCAGUUCGAUGAGAAGAAGGCGAUUGAAUUGAGGAAGCGUCUUGCAAAUGUUGUAGAUCUUGAUGUGGAUCUUGAUACUCUUGAGAGUAAUGUUUGGCUCACUGCGAAGAAAUCCGCGACUACUUCGAAAGUUGAUAUUUCUCCAGGGCCGAUUGAAAAGAAAAAGCGUAAGCAUCGUAAACGUAAAGGUAAAUUACCGAAGAAUUACGAUGCAAACAGCGCACCGGAUCCAGAAAGAUGGCUGCCGAGGUACGAGCGGUCUGGUUAUCGUAAGAAACGCGAUCGUAGGAUGAAAGACGUUAUUAAGGGCUCGCAAGGCACGGCUUCAGGUCAUUCUGAUCAAUACGAUUUUUCGGGUAAAACUGUCGAUGAUGAUAGCGCACCGAGUGUUGAGCCGUCCCCUAUGCAAAAGAGUGGUCCGCGACAAAAUAUGAAGAAAGGUGGCGGUAACAAAAAGAAGAACAAGAGGCGUUAAACGGUAAAAAGUGUAAUAUUUUGACUUUAAUACGCGAUUUUUACAUUUAUUACUUGUGGCAAUUCCAAUACAAAAUGUCUAUCACUGCAAAA